UCCACGACUUCCAUUCUACAAGUCUUGCUAUUAUGGCAACAUCUCGCCUGUUUUCCUUAAUUUUCUGUGCAGGUGUGGUCCUGCUAAGUUUUAGACAAGUGGCAACUGAAGAAAUCCAGUACGGAGGAAAAUGCCUGCCGAGUAACACGUGCAUUGAUAAGAACUCUACAUGCCGCAAUGGAUCAUGUUCCUGUUCGGAAGGAUUUUAUUAUUGUUGGUGGAAUUGGCCACCUCAAUGUGUAGAAUAUACCAAAAUUCAACGAAUUGUAACUAUGGAGGAUCAUCCCUGGGUGAUUGUAAAUCGGACUUGCCUCAAGUCACCGGAUAUUACCGCGUUAUCCUGCCGACAUACGACCUGUUAUACUGGCCUUCUUAUUGACCUCUUACAUGUGAUAGAUACGCAAUACAGCAACAUGGACAAUUGUACUAUUCUAGGCAUCGAAACGUUCGGUAAACCUACAAAUGCGGGUCGCUCAUUAACCAAGAAUGACACUGCUGACGUAGUCGGACGUGGGGAAGCUGAUCUCGCCCUAGUUACGCCUGGCAAUGGAAACACAACCAAUUAUAAGAAAUUCCAGCCAGAUGCAGCCUUUUAUGCAUUAAGCCUGGGAUUUCCAAAGGGUUCAGAAUUUCCAGACGGAAUUCUUGAUUCUAGACGCGAAAAAAUUAUGUCAACCCUGCUGGAAAAAUGGUUUAUAAAUAAUACUAAGUUGUGGACGAAAGAAAAACAGAUCACCAAUCUUACACCAAAAUAUGAGUGUCUGUAUAUAUAAGAUUUAUUUUAAAUCUGUGAAGUCGCAUCUGAUGAAGAAACAUGCGUUUUAAAUUCGAUCUUACCGCUCUUGAUGGUCCCAUGAAUUUCAAUUAAUGCAAAUAAUAAAUUGAUUUUCGGUUUUA